CGUUCGUCCAUCAUGGUUCCUUGGACCGGGAGAAUGUAGAUCUCAAAAAUGAAACAAUCGCCAGACUGAGGAAAUAACUGACGACAGUGAUUAACGACGGAUCUCUUUCUUCUCUGAGCACCCAUAGACACCAAAGUGCCCAAUACCACGUACGCAUCGCCGAUCAAAACGCAGCAAUGCCGCGGUUGAGUGCCCAUGACUAUCUGAAGAAGAGAAAGGGAAAAAGAGAGAAAUUUUGGUGGAGCUCACAUUUGAGUGGAGACCAGGCCGCUGCACCCAAUCAGUCCAUGCAUUCGAAUUGCAGGGGCUCUCAUUGGCCGUUGGAGCCGAGGUGCCGACCUUGCCGGGGCGAUUCCGAUGGGCAACUUUACAGUGCCGGCAUCAUCGACCUCAAAUCUCGCAACCGGAGAACAAUAGCUACACUACUGGUCCUCUGCUGCCAGCCCACAACCAUGAUUGCCCAAAGAGCAGGAUUGACGGCGCUACGCCGAGUAGCCGGCAAGCCGAACGCCUUCUUCGCAGCCAACGUCGCCAAGCUGGCGUUGGCCCAGCCCUUAACAACCAGCCAAAUCAGACCCGUAGCAACGCAAAAGAUCUCAGGCGACGAAGCCCGCGCCCUACUCGCCAAACAGCGCCUCAACCGACCGGUCUCCCCACACCUCGACAUCUACGACAAGCAGCAGACGUGGUUCGGCGGGUCCGCGUGGCAGCGCAUCACGGGCUCGGCCUUCAGCGGCGGCCUGUACGUGUUCGCGACGGCCUACCUGGCCGCGCCGCUGCUGGGCUGGCACCUCGAGAGCGCCUCGCUCGCCGCGGCCUUUGGCGCUCUCCCUCUCGCCGCCAAGGGCGCGCUCAAGUUCCUGGUCGCGUGGCCUUUUGCCUUCCACGCCUUCAACGGCGUGCGGCACCUGCUUUUCGAUAUUGGUGUUGGGUUCAAGCGGCAGACCAUCAUCAAGACCGGGUGGUACCUCUGGGGGGCGUCCAUCGUUGGGGGGUUGUAUCUGGCGUUCUUCCUCUAAUCACUGCCGUGGGUGGGGUGGGCUCAGGAUGUGUGUGUGAAAGAAAUGGUAAAAUACAAUGGAAAGAGCUUUAUGAGCUGGGAAAGAC